AUGACUUCCAGGUUGCUGGAGACGGGCAGCACGCCGCUGAUCCGCAAUACAGCCGCCCAGCAGUUGGCAGACGUGCAGAAGCAACAUCCCGAUGAGUUGUUCAAUCUGCUGGGACGUAUCCUGCCUUAUCUUAGGUCCAAGUCAUGGGACACGCGAACCGCCGCCGCCAAGGCUAUCGGUCUCAUCGUCACCAAUGCCGAUCUCUUCGAUCCCAACGAAGAGGAUGGCCAAAUGAUCAAAAAGGAUGAGGACGAAGAAGAAGACGUGGAGAUCAAGAGUGAAGAACCGCAACUGGAGGAUGGCUUACUGCGACUCGAUCAGCUGGACCUCACCUCUAUCCUGAAGUAUGGAAAGAGGCUCCUGGGUAGCGGGAGCAAAGAAUAUGAAUACUCGCUCGCGGGGAUGGAUCCGGCGUCUCGGCUCCAGCAUCAGAAGAAAACAUUGACCGCCCGACUAGGCUUGGCCGGUAAAUACAUCGAGGAGGACUUGAUCGACGACAGUGACGUGAUCCUGAAACCCAAGGAUGAAGCGAAUUCUCGCACCCUGGGGAUGCAUAACUCGGUGACGACUGCGCCUCCGUUGGCGUCUCCCUGUGAACCGGCAAAUGGCGAAGAGGCUGCUGGCUUGAGCAAACGACAGCUGAAUCAACUCAAGCGAAAGAAUAAACAGAGUGCGAAGAUGGGCGCCAAUAAAGUACGGGUAGUCGAUCUCUCCUCCCGCAGACCGUCUGAGAACGUCACGACCCCACUCACGACUCCGUCAACAGCUACGCCUCAUCCGAUCAAAACGGAAAACGGGGAAGAGCACAACGGGGAUUCGAAACCAGAUUACUUCUCCCUGGAUCGCCCCAGUGGGGAUGAUGACUCGAAGAUCGUCACCGAAUUCAAGGGUGAAACAGCCCCAGAGAAGCCCCUGAUCCAACCUGAUCUCCCGGAUGAAGGACCCAGCCCCGUCUGGCCCUUUGAACAAAUGUGUGAUUUCCUCAUGGUGGACCUAUUUGAUCCGAACUGGGAAGUCCGUCAUGGUGCUGCGAUGGCUAUCCGAGAGGUGAUUCGCGUUCAGGGUGCCGGUGCUGGACGUGUCAGGGGCAAAAGCCGAGCGGAGAAUAACAGUUUGAAUCGCAAAUGGCUGGACGACCUUGCCUGCCGUUUGAUUUGCGUCCUCAUGCUGGAUCGCUUUGGUGACUACAUUUCGGACAAUGUGGUCGCCCCCAUUCGUGAGACGGUCGGCCAGACAUUGGGUGCCCUUUUAUCUCAGCUUCCCUCUAAAUCAGUUGUUGCUGUCUACAGGUGUCUCUACCGCAUUAUCAUCCAAAAUGAUUUGGAUAUAGAGCGUCCUAUAUGGGAAGUAUGCCAUGGCGGUAUGAUUGGGCUGCGGUAUCUCGUGGCGGUCAGAAAGGACCUUCUCGUGGGAGACCCCAAGCUCAUGGACGGCGUGUUGGAAGCAGUCAUGAAGGGCUUGGGCGAUUUCGACGACGAUGUCCGUGCUGUGAGUGCAGCAACUCUGGUCCCUAUCGCGGCCGAGUUUGUCUCGUCACGACAAGGCACCUUGGGUCCCUUGAUGACCAUUGUAUGGGAUUGCCUCUCGAAUUUACAGGACGACCUCAGUGCAAGUACCGGAUCGGUGAUGGACCUUCUGGCAAAGCUAUGCACCUUUCCCGAAGUGCUUGAUGCUAUGAAACUCAACGCCUCGAUGAACCCGGAGUCCUCCUUUGGUAAUCUGGUGCCUCGCCUCUAUCCGUUCCUACGUCAUACAAUUACCAGCGUACGCUCGGCAGUCCUUCGAGCUCUCAUCACAUUCCUGCAACUCGAGGGCGAAGGCACCACUGAGUGGGUCAAUGGAAGGGCUGUGCGCUUGAUUUUCCAGAAUCUGCUUGUGGAGCGAAAUGAGGGUGUCCUGAAGCUUUCUCUUCAGGUCUGGUCUGAAUUGCUCAAAGCUUUGGAGCACCGUGGGUGGUUCAAGCCGGAUUCUGAUCUGUUGACCCAUAUCCAACCUCUCAUUACCUUGAGCAUCGCCCCUUUCGGCGUUCCCCGAUACCCCAUCCCUAUGGAUGCUUCUCUCUUCAUCAAGCCUUCUGGCGUGCCGUUCCCGAUGAGUGCGUCCGCGCCAGCAAAAUCCUCUCCAAGCUCCACCAAUUCUUCAGCGGACGGACCCAAAAAGCGUGGUCGCAAGGCUGAAAAAAAGGAACUGCCACCGCCUCCCUCAGCCCAUAAUGUUGAUGGCCACAUGCUCCAGGGCGACAUUGACUUGGUCGGGGCAGAUACUAUGUUAAGAUCUAAGAUCUAUGCUGCCAAGGCUAUGGGCCAGCUUCUUUUCCUCUGGGAUAAGAAUGAGUUGUCCAGUCUCUGGCAAUCCAUUUUGGACGGGCUGAAUCACAGCGCGUCCACAUCACAGCUUUCGGCGGCGAUGAUCAUCGAAGAAUAUGCAAGACAAUAUGGAUCUGAUAGCAAGUACACCUCUGCCCUAUGUGAGCAGUUGCGCCCGAUUAUUGAAGGGGAGCGCCCACCAUGGUACAGCGAUAUUGCAUGCUACCUUCAUGUCGCCCGCGCCCAAUGCCACUCACUGCUGAAUACCUUCCGUGACCAUGCAAGUGUCUCUGGCUCGAGGCUGCCAGUUCUCGCCGUUAUUGUCCAGGGAGAUGCUGAGGCUGGCCCUAGCGCGUUCUCAUUGGCCGAUGCCGAGAAAGUCAUUGGCCCCGACUUUGAGCGACUCAAGAAGGGUCUUUCGCCGGCUCAGCGUAUCACAGCUACGCAGGUUCUCAAUGACACUCGCGCAACGGCUGAAAGUGCAAUCAACGAGGCCAGAGGCGCCCGAGAGCAGCGGGAUAUGCGGAUCCGAGCUGCUGCCGCCGGUGCACUCGUCGCGUUGAAUGACAUCCCUAAGAAGCCGAGUCACAUCAUCAAGGGUAUGAUGGAUAGCAUCAAGAAGGAGGAGAAUGCUGAGCUUCAACAGCGUUCGGCCACCGCGGUAGCAACUCUGGUCGAAUACUACACCAAGGCAACCAAGCGUGGACCCGUCGACAAAGUCAUCGGGAAUCUUGUCAAAUACUGUUGCGUGGACACGUCGGAAACCCCCGAAUUCCAUCACAAUGCCGCUUUGGACAAGUCAAUUCUUUCGCUUCGCAAGGAAGAGGACCGUCGCGAUCACCCGGAUGCAGCCAAGUUUGAAAGAGAGACCAAGGAAGCAAGAAUCAUGCGACGGGGUGCUAAAGAUGCUCUUGAGCAGUUGGCCAUCAAAUUUGGCGCGGAGCUUCUAGAGAAGGUUCCUAAUCUUGCUUCAUUGGUGGAGCGGCCACUCAAAGACGCGCUCUCUGGCAAUGAGCUUCCGUCCAAUAUUACGGACUCCGAUAAUGAGCUGGGCCAGGAGGUUGUGGACGGCCUAUCCACCCUUCGUGCUCUUCUACCCAAGUUCGAUCCUGGACUCUAUCCCUGGGUUAUUGACCUUAUGCCCUUUAUUGUGAAGGCCCUCCAGUGCAGGCUGUCCGUGAUACGGUACGCAGCAGCCAAGUGCUUUGCCACAAUCUGUAGUGUCAUCACAGUGGAAGGCAUGACCAUGUUGGUCGAAAAGGUGCUGCCCACUAUCAACAAUGCUCUGGACGUUCACCACCGCCAAGGGGCUGUCGAGUGUAUCUACCAUCUUAUCCAUGUUAUGGAGGACGGCAUUCUGCCUUAUGUCAUCUUCCUUGUCGUGCCGGUUCUCGGAAGGAUGAGUGAUUCGGACAACGAUGUGCGACUCCUAGCUACGACAUCAUUUGCAACACUGGUCAAACUCGUUCCCCUGGAAGCGGGUAUCCCGGACCCGCCAGGCCUUUCGGAGGAAUUGCUGAAGGGGCGAGAGCGAGAGAGAAAAUUCAUGUCGCAGAUGUUGGAUGUCCGAAAGGUGGAAGAAUUCCAGCUACCUGUCGCCAUCAAGGCAGAGCUCAGACCUUACCAACAAGAAGGUGUCAAUUGGCUGGCCUUCCUCAAUCGGUAUAAUCUUCACGGCAUUCUUUGUGAUGACAUGGGUCUCGGUAAGACCUUGCAGACGAUUUGCAUUGUCGCAAGCGAUCAUCAUAUGCGAGCCGAGGAAUUUGCGAAGACACAAGCGCCUGAAGUCCGAAAGCUUCCGUCCUUGAUCGUCUGCCCGCCAUCUCUUUCUGGCCAUUGGCAGCAGGAAAUCAAGCAGUAUGCACCGUUCCUCAACUGUGUCGCAUAUGUCGGCCCACCGGCCGAGCGUGGCAAACUCAAGGGUGCCCUCGCGGAUGCCGAUAUUGUGGUGACAUCUUACGAUAUCUGUCGUAAUGACAGUGAAACUCUCUGCCCUAUUAACUGGAAUUACUGCGUCCUGGACGAAGGCCAUCUUAUCAAGAACCCCAAGGCGAAGGUUACCAUUGCGGUCAAGCGCAUUUCUAGCAACCACCGUUUGAUUCUGUCGGGCACUCCCAUUCAAAACAAUGUCCUUGAACUGUGGUCUCUGUUUGACUUCCUUAUGCCUGGCUUCCUUGGCACGGAGAAGGUCUUUUUGGAUCGUUUCGCCAAGCCUAUCGCCGCCAGCCGCUUCAGCAAGUCAUCAUCGAAGGAGCAAGAAGCUGGAGCACUGGCCAUUGAAGCACUGCAUAAACAGGUCCUUCCCUUCCUGCUCCGUCGUCUGAAGGAAGAAGUUUUGAAUGAUCUUCCGCCGAAGAUUAUCCAGAACUACUACUGCGACCCCAGUGAGCUCCAGAAGAAACUCUUCGAAGACUUCACGAAGAAGGAACAAAAGCAGCUUGCCAGCAAAAUGGGAAGUUCCGAAAAGUCAGACAAAGAGCACAUCUUCCAAGCAUUGCAGUACAUGCGUCGUCUGUGCAACUCACCAGCUCUGGUUGUCAAGGAAGGUCACAAGCAGUACAACGAAGUUCAGCAGUAUCUUCAUGCCAAGAACUCGUAUAUUCGGGACGUGUCGCACGCACCUAAGCUCACGGCCCUGCGAGAUCUACUCCUUGACUGUGGUAUCGGUGUCGCUCCUCCCAGUGAAACUGACCUUGGUACUGGGGCAAGCUACGUGAGCCCGCAUCGGGCGUUGGUCUUCUGCCAAAUGAAAGAAAUGCUCGACAUUGUGCAAAGUGAGGUUCUCAAGAAGCUUCUCCCUUCGGUGCAGUUUCUCCGUUUGGAUGGCGGCGUCGAGGCUACGCGUCGGCAGGACAUUGUCAACCGCUUCAACACCGAUCCAAGUUACGAUGUGUUGCUCUUGACCACUAGUGUUGGAGGUCUUGGUCUGAACCUCACGGGAGCGGACACUGUUAUCUUCGUUGAGCACGACUGGAACCCUCAGAAAGACAUCCAAGCCAUGGACCGAGCCCAUCGUAUCGGUCAGAAGAAGGUUGUCAAUGUUUACCGGUUGAUCACUCGAGGUACUCUGGAAGAGAAAAUUCUGAAUCUGCAACGAUUCAAGAUCGACGUUGCCUCAACAGUGGUCAAUCAACAAAACGCCGGGCUCAACACCAUGGACACCGACCAACUCCUUGACCUGUUCAACUUAGGCGAAACGGCCGACAACGCCGAGAAACCCAGUGAACACGCCGCGGGUAACGAAGUCGACAUGGUCGACAUCGACGGCGAAGUCAAGGAGAAGGGCAAGAAGGGGUGGCUCGACGACCUUGGCGAACUCUGGGACGACCGCCAAUACCAGGAAGAAUACAACCUGGAUUCUUUCUUGCAAACGAUGAAAGGGUAA